GGGAAAUCCUCAGCUUCCCAAUACCAAAGCAGAAUUCCAGAAAGCGGAUUGCAACACACAUCCCUGUUAUAAUUUGCUCUCUGUCUUGAUCAGACUCAGACUUUCCUGUGUGUCUAAGCCCUGGGGCAACUCAAUGGUCUAGUUGUUACUCUAUUCUUCGUCCGGGGUGGCUGAUUGCCUGAUUCUACGCUUCCAAGUGGGAAUACCUUCCGAUAGCCAUCGAAUACAAACGGAAAAUUUGAGGCAUUGUACUGUUUGCGGGGUUAAUUGGAGCUGGCCACUCAUAUUUGGUGAGUUUCUUGUCAUCAUCGUUCAUGGUAAUUUUUCUGAUUGCAAGAUUAUCUUCGUCAUUGCGGACGGGAUCCCAGUUAGGGUUUCUUCGUCACCAUGGAUCGCAUAUUUCCUGUUCGUUUUCUUCUGUUGCGCAAUUAUCUCAGUCAAAUGGACCAAAACAAGAUAGAGAUGGGGAUCAUUCGUUUACGGCAUUUUACCUCGUAAACUCAUGUGGUAUGUCCGCCAAAGUUGCUGGUAAAGUAUCUAAAAGGAUUGAACUGAAAGACUUAGAUCAACCCAAUUCGGUACUAAAUCUUCUUAGAAGCUACGGAUUCUCAGAUCCGCAGAUAUCCAAAAUUGUGGUAUGCUGUCCACGGUUACUUAUGGCAAAUCCUGAGCAUAAUCUUUUGCCCAGACUAAGGUUUAUGCAGUCUAUAGGGUUCUCAGCUGAUGAAAUCCCAGAACUAUUCUCUUAUAACCCUUCAUUACUAUUGUAUAGCUUAGAGAAACGUAUAAUUCCCCACUAUGAGGCUCUUAGAAGUGUACUUGAUGACGAUUGGAAAGUAAGGAAAUGUCUAAGAUGCUCUACUUGGAGUAUUUGCUCCUAUGAUGUAAAGAAUAUAGUCCCAAACAUAAAAGUUUUGAGAGAUGUGGGAGUGCCUCAAUCUUCUGUCUUCUCUCUGAUAUGUAGACGUGCAAAUUUAGUAUUUAUGAAUCAAUCAAUGUUUGGUGAAUAUGUCAAGUUUGUCAAGGAAACAGGAAUUGAACCUUUCAAGUUUGCGUUCGGUGAAGCACUUAUAAUUGUAACACAGAUGAAUAAAUCAACCUGGGAGUCGAAACUGGAUAUGUUUGAGAAGUUGGGCUGGUCCAGGGAUGUCACUCUUUCGGCAUUCCGUAGGUUUCCACGUGUGAUGGCUUUGUCAGAGAAAAAUAUCGCAAACACAAUAAAGUUUUUCGUGGAUGAAAUGGGUCUACAGUUGGAAGAUAUAGCUAGAUCCCCAUCAAUUCUUAGCUUUAGCUUGAAGCUGAGGAUUAUUCCUAGAUGGUCAGUUGUUAAAAUUUUGAAAAGUAUGGGUUUAGUGAAGGAUAAUACGAGUCCUAUUUCCAUCAUUAUAGCCAAUGAGCAAAAGUUUCUGGAAAGUUUUGUGAUCAAAUUUCAAGAAAGUGUUCCUCAGUUGCUGAAACUUUACAGAGGUGAACUGGGACCUUUACCUGAAGUUCAUGCAUAGAAAGUUUCCUGGAGCUUAUGACUGUCAAUUCUUGUUUCCUUGUUCAUUAUGUUUAUUGGACUAUUAUGCUUCAACUCAAGUUUUACUCUAAUCUGUUCCUUCAAUUAUAUGGUAGCCCAAUUUAAACUUUUAAUUUGCAGGAUAUUUCUUUCUAUUUACUAACUCAUCUGAAUGUUAUAAAUCAUGCUUCUUUUUAUCAUAA